CUUCUGCUGUUGGUAAUGGUUGCUGGUUGCUGGUUGCUGGUUGCUGGUUGCUGGUUGCUGGUUGCAGUCGUCUGCAAAAAACUUCGUCUUGCAAUUUGUGGUGUUUCCAUCACAUCAGAGAACCUCUCGGGCACGGUUGUGGCGUUUUGCUCUCAGUCACCUCCGAGUGGGAAAAUGUUGAAGUUCCUAUCAAAAGUGAAGAUCGAGUACAAUGCACUGGACCCGCAAAUAGCAUCGUGUAUGGAGUUCAUGGCACAGUGCAACUCACGCAAGGCGAGGGAAUCAAACCCUGCGUGCCAGGUGGAGGUGAAGCGCCGAACUGACGAACACCCGCCGCAGAUCACGGUGACCUUUGUCAAUGGCGUCGAGCAAGCCUUCGAUGCGACCUCAACCCCUGCACAGAGCAUAAGGACCAUGAUUCUUGAAAAAGGCCAAACCCUAGAGACCGAGCAGAUGUUCCGAGAAGCUGGUGAGUCAUGGCCCGUCAUCAUCCCCAAAGAAGAGCUAUCUCAACCCGCACCUGGCAUCAAGCCAAAGAAAGCAGAGGAGAAGAAGCAAUAGCCGUGUAUUUUUUGAGCCUACCAACGGCCAGGAAAUGUGCCAAUUUUCUCACGCAUUCUCUCAUUUCUUUUUGGUGGGGAGAGUACAUGACAUGAGACCACGGCUGUUCUGUGCUUUGCUGUAAUUUAGGGUUGAAUUAUUGAUAUUGAUUAAACAAAUAUGCAUGACUCGUUUAAUAAUUGUUGUUUCUGAAUAGCAGAAUUUUGAAACCGUAAUAAUUUCAUGCUAGAAUUUGGUGUGGUGCUGUCAGCUCUUAAACCUAGUUAUAUUUUAUGACAAAAAGCUGUCAAAUGAUACCAGAUUAUUGAUCCAAAUACAAACUGUGCGAGAGAUGGUCUUUGCUGAUCUUUGGAAUUGGGGUUCCAGUAACUACUGUAAUUCAGAGGGGCAAACUGGUGGCAUAGCAUGGCUUGCAUCUCUUGGUGUGGUUUUUUCUUGGUCCGGCUAAUAGAAUUUUCAAUUUUUAUUACAGUAGAUCUAUGUAGCGAAAAAAAGCUCUUGAAAGUCUCUAGCACUUGUAACGCCUAAUAGAUAGAAGAGUUAUCUCGGUAACAAAACCUUAUGCUCUUUUUUUUUUAAGAUAGGCAUGCAAUAAUGGAGAAUUAUUCUUUGUAUGAAAUAUUAGAUAGAAACACAGGUGGUUUUUUAAUGUAGAUUGUGGUGCUAUUGUGCAGAGAAGAGGCGUUUGAGUUGGGCCAUUAAAUUCUGAGUUAUUUGUUGUGAAGAGAGAAUGAGUACAUAAAAAAAGUAUACUCUCUAAUGUAAUUCUGAAUAUUUUCGCCUUAUGAAUUGUAGACCGCGGUCCUCAAAGUUGGUAUAACAUGUGAAGGAUGUGUUGGAGCAGUGAAGAGGGUUUUGGGGAAAUUGGAUGGUGUGGAAUCAUAUGACGUUGACUUGAAAGAACAGAAGGUGGUAGUGAAAGGAAACUUUGAACCAGAAAAGGUUCUGCAAACCGUUUCCAAGACUGGGAAGAAGACUACUCUCUGGGAUGCUGAAAAACCAGCUCAGUAACUGUUGCCUAAAAUAAUUUGGUUCUGUAGACAUUGUUCUGUGAAUCAGAUACUACUUUAUGGAUCUUGCAAGAACUAUAUAACAUGUAUUCUAUUUUUAUCUGUGUAAUCUGUAAUAAAAUCUUGGUACAAAACUAU